AUGGAUGACACUGCACAACUCGACGACGCUCUAUAUCGGGCUUGCAUCACAGCAGACUUGCCGCAGGUCAAAUUUCUGGUUCUGGAGCAAAACGCACAAGUAAACAAAAUCAUCGGUCCUCCUGGUCAGCUGGAUUACUCUUUGAAUCAUGCGACUAAAACUGGUUCGGUACCUCUGGUGCGCUUUUUGCUUGAUCACGGCGGUGCAACUAUCAACGCCGCAGCACUACGGAGUGCUGCCUUUGAAGGAGAUCGACCGAUGUUGCAGCUUCUGCUCGAACCCAUCAAAGCCCAGUUAGCGACUUCGGGCAUGUCAAGGAAAUGGCGGGGAGAUCUUGCCUCGAUUCUGGUCGGCACUACGAGGAGAGGUCGCAGUGAGACCGCCGAUGUUCUCAAGAUAUUUCGCUCUAGAGUUCAAGAGUUCGACAAGGCUGUCGAUGCCGGGCUUCUUGCAGCAUGUGCUGCAGGCGACAUGCGCUCGGUCCAAUACUUUAUCGACAUGGGUGCAGAAAACAAAGCCGAAGCCAUAUGCACUGCAGCCGAGUAUCAUCAGUUCGAACCACUGGAAUACUUCUUGGAAAAUCAUGACUUCGAGCCAGAGGAACUGGUCGAUCCUUUAACAUCGGCGGCUGGUGGUGGCCACAUGCCAUCAAUCCUCCUACUCAUCGAACAAGGGGCAGAAGAUGAACUGGGCGCUGCACUGGCUAGAGCUGCGAAGUUCUCACACGCUGAAGUAGUACAGCACUUUCUCGGCGUCUUCAGAUACACAAAAGACAAGUUAUCGACAGCACUUGCGGCAGCCGCUCGUGUAGGCGACACGGCCAUUAUGGAACAGCUUAUUCACAAAGGUGCUCACAAAGAAGUUUUACAGAAUCGAGAAGAGUCUCGAAGACGUAUCGUUGAUGUGCUUAUUGAGGCCGGAGGACGACUAUCAGAACUGUACUACUGUCGACUUCUGGAGAUGAUGAUCCUUACUCAGAACCAGUAUGGCGUCGAGCUAUUACAUGACAGCGCCAAGUUCACCACGGUCGACACACUACCUGACGAGUACCUGAUCAGUCUAGCGAUCUAUCACCAACAAGACGACAUGGUGGACCUUUUACUCGGCUUCCCUGUAGCACGUAGCCCUGAGCUAGCAGAGUCGACAGAGCUGAGCAGCGUACAAUCGAUCGCUGAGAGUACCCAAGCAUGGGAGUCGAAAGUCUACAACCCCAUCCCCAGCCCACUCAUUCUGGCAGCGAAAUUCCAGAACGAACGUUGGUGUCGGACACUCAUUAGCCGUGACGAGACUGACGUCAACGAAUGGUGUUCCUACAGGCCGAGCAAAAGACUCUUGAGCUUUUACGGAUUCGACAGAAAAACACAAACGCCAAAGGAGGAACAGUACGAAGAACUCGGCUGUCCGUUUGGUACCGAGGCACUACGUGACUGUGCUUUGUCAAUGGCUAUUCGCUCACGAGACAUACCCAUCAUUCGUUUGCUUAUCGAGAACGGCGCAGAUCCAUGGGUGAAUCGACAAGGCAUUUCCAUCUUCGAGAUGGCAGCAAAGGAAAAAAUUUUGCGAGACACUCUGCUGUUCUUAGAGAACUCUACUACCAAGUUUACUAUCGAUCAACGGGAAUGGGACGGCGGCAAAAGCAUGCUCCACUGGGCUGCGAUAUAUGGUAACGGUGACUUCAUUGAUCUCUUCUGCAAGAAAGGAGCUACGAUCGACCUUACAGACGCAAUGCACAGGACAUCAUUACAUCUGGCUGUGACGGCCGGAAAUAUCGACACAGUCAAAGGGUUGCUAUGGGCUGGAGUCAGGACAUCACUGAGGGAUGUAGGUGAUUGCCUAUGCGCAGACGAGCUUGCCGCGAAACUAGCACAACAAGCUUCAUGGUCGGAUCCAUUACGAGCAGUCAGAUUUGGGAUCAGCCGUUUCCUGGACGAUUGGGUGAGAAACAACAUGGAUCACCUCGACGCUGCCAACAUCCGACGGGAGUCGAAGGCAGCUGAAGAGAGAGCAAAGGUGGAAGAGGCUACACAGUCAGCGGGAGAUGACCUCCUAGACCAUUUUAGCGAUGAAGAUAGCGUGCAUUGGAGUGAUGAGGAGUGA